AUGGGUAGUAUUCCUACUAGCCACAUGAUACUAAAGUUGUGCUUGUACAUAACUUUAAUUCUUGUAGUGAGUUUUGACAACACAAGUGCAGCAAGAAAACUACUACAAAGAGGUCCGGUGAAAGGUUCGACGAGGAAUCCAUGCUCCACCGUUCCUGGCCGGAGUAAAGGACGGUGUACUUUGGCUGAAAUUCAUGUAGCCGGACAUGUUAACAUAGCUCACGCGCCACCACUAGGGUUUCAUGGAGAUAUAGUUAUUCCCCCCAAGUUUGAAAUUGGAGCAGCUAGCUCUCAUUAG